UUUUUCACCUCGCGUAUACCAUACCCAAAAUGAUAACGCUCAUUUAUUAGAUCUUUCGAUCGUACCAUUUUGAUCGUCGUGGAAAAUGGGCGUGGAAGAAGCUCUGAAGUUUGGUGUGCCUGUAGUGGUAGGGAUAGGUGUGGUAGUCCUUACAAUCGUUGUAGGACGCUACUUCUUCGGAGGCGGUCAAAAGAAGGCGAAAGGGCCCAAGAAGACGUUGAUUGACGCGGACACCAAGAUUCCUCUGCAGCUUGUUGACCGUGAGGAGAUUAGCCAUGAUACUCGUCGCUUCCGCUUUGCCCUACCAAGCAAGGAUCACAUCCUUGGACUUCCAACAGGUCAGCAUAUCUACUUGACCACCCGUAUUGAUGGCAAGCUGGUUGUGCGUCCUUACACACCGGUCACAAGUGACGAGGACAAGGGAUAUGUAGAUCUUGUUAUCAAGGUGUACUUCAAGAAUGUACAUCCCAAGUUCCCUGAGGGAGGCAAGAUGUCGCAGUAUCUUGAGAACCUUCCAAUCGACGAUGCCAUUGAUGUCCGCGGUCCUAGUGGUCUCCUUGUCUACGAUGGCCAGGGUAACUUCAGUAUCAAGCCGGAUAAGAAAUCUGCACCAAAAAAGAAGUUUGCCAGGAACAUUGGUAUGAUAGCUGGUGGUACAGGUAUCACUCCGAUGCUUCAGCUUGUCCGUCAGGUCUUCAGAGAUGACAAGGACACCAGUAAUCUCUGGCUUCUGUUCGCUAACCAGACCGAGAAUGAUAUCUUGUUGCGCGAUGAGCUGGAGGAAGUAAAAAAGGAGCAACCUGACCGGUUCCAUCUCUGGUAUACUCUGGACCGUCCUGGUGAUGGUUGGGAGUACAGUUCAGGUUUCGUCAGUGAAGAGAUGCUAAAGGAUCACAUGCCCCCUCCGGGAGAUGACACCCUCAUCCUGAUGUGUGGCCCUCCACCUAUGAUCGACUUCGCUUGCAAACCUAACCUUGAUAAGCUCAGCUACACCGAAGACAUGCGUUUCGCCUACUGAUAAGCCAGCAGCCAUGUUGGGGAGACUGGUACUAAACGGGAGGGGGUGGUUUCCCAAAGGGUUUAAUAUCUUUGACUGUUUUUUGUGAGUGACAUCGCCAGUGCCAUACUGCUUUUAGCACGUGCCAUAAGCUCAUUCUCGGCAUUCAGUCUCACCUUAAAAUGUGACUCUCGACAUCCAA